AUGGCCGCUCCCCUCUCCACGGACAAGGGCAGCGAUGACGCUCGCACUUCUCCAGCCCGAUCAUCCUCGCGAGGCCUAGGGGAGCAUCCUCGGGAGGAGUCAGCCCCCGUGGCCCCGCUGGCUCCGGAUGUGCCGACGCCUGGCUCGGUCGCUGAGAUCGCAAAAGCUCAGGAGCCUCUGUCCUCCCAGGCCAUGGUGAGGACGUCGCCUCCUCCCCCUUCUGUCGCACUGCUUCCUCCGGGUCCUUCGGCCUCCCCUGAUGUUCUGGAGCGCGCUCUUUCUGCGAUGACCCUGCUGCGAGAAGAUAUUCAAGGCGCCGACCGUCGCUUGGUGGCCGGGCGCUUGGAGCUGGUCUCUGGCUGGCUUCAUUCCGAUGUGUCCGUCCGAGCGAUGCUGAGCCAAGCUGCUGCGGACUCCGAGAAGGAUAGGGAGGCCGUCGCCCAAGCUGUGGCCGCCCGCGAGGUGGCGCUGAAGGAUGCCGAGGCCGCCAAGGACCGCUGCCGGUCGCUGGAGGCUGAGCUGGAGACCGCGCAGAGGGAGCGCGCGAAAGAAACCCGAGGUCGCAAGGCAGAGGAGGAGAAGAUGAAGGCCCGAGAGGAAGCCGUCAGGGAUCGCGAUGCCGAGCUGGAGCAGUUGGCGAAGGUCACGGAGCGCGGCCGGUUGGAGGAGCUGGAGCAGAAGCUGAAGGAGGAGAAGGCCGAGCUUGAAGCCAAGGUGAAGGUCCUAUCUGAGGACCGCGAGGCCUUCAAGCUCCUCGAGGUGAGGUCUCGGACGGCGCUGCGGUCACUCUACGAGAAAGGCUUGGAGGAGCCGCUGGCUGCCAGCAACGAGGGCCCCGCCCAACUGCUUCCUUAUCUGGUUGAUGCGCUUGAGGACGUCGUGAGCGGUAUCGGCCCCAUGGCAGAGGAAGAAGCCCGCAUCCUUUCCUCAGCCACGUUGACGCGUGUCUUCAGCCACCUCCAUCUUUGCAACCCUGCCACCCGCCUUGACGAGCUGCUGGAACCUGUGAACGACGAGCAUUGCACAGUCGCUGCCACAGCCGCGAAGGGUCAGGUGGAGGCCCUGCUAAAGAAGUUUCGCGCCUUCGCUCCCGCGCCCUCAACCGGCAGUGCUACUGAUCCUGCAACUCCGGCUGGUGGUACAGGUGAAGGUGACGCCGUUGAAGAAGAAGCAUCCCUUGUGGGCGACGGCGGCGAUGUCCGGGGGUGA